AUGUCUUUUGAUGCGGAUGUUCUCGUCGUCGGUGCUGGACCUGUCGGUCUUGUCGGCGCCCUCGCUCUUGCCAUGAAUGGCGUCAAGGUUCGCGUCAUAGAAAAGUUACCAGCGCUUGCCAGUGGCCAGCGUGGUGCCGGUCAGCAACCGCGCACGAUGGAGACGUACCGCAUGCUCGGUAUAGCUGAUGAAGUCAAAGCCAACGGCUCGUUGCUCUCCCGUGUCCAGACAUACGAUGCGGAGGGGCGACCAGGAGCGGUCGUCGAGAUGAUGGACUGGGGUCAGAAGACACCCAGUGUACCCGAACCAGAGGCUUGGGUACUAGGACAGGACUGGGUUUGCAAGAUCUCCAGCCGGCACUUGAAAGAGCGAUUCGGGAUCAACGUCGAGUUUGGGCAUGAGCUCGUCAGCAUAGAGCAGGACGAUGAUGGUGCUACUGCUACUGCUCGCGUGAACGACACUGAGCGGUCAAUUCGUGUCAAGUACAUUGUCGGCACGGAUGGUGGCAAAGGUGUUACCCGCAGACUCGCAGGUGUCAGCCUUGUAAACCAAUCGGACGCCGAGGCCCGAUCCGUCAUUGGAGACGUCGUGUUGCGCGGAUUCUACGACACUGAGUACAUGCAUUUGUUCCGUGACGCGAGCGGGGAUAGUCUCAUGGUGCGUCCGGUGCAUGAGGCGCCAGGGCUGUUCUUUAUCUUUGGACAUGGAUCGACCCUUGAUGUCGCCCGGGCAGCGACGGACGUCGAUUAUCUCUUGCAAUGGCUACGCUCUGUGACGAAGCGUACGGAAAUGACCAUCGAUUCGGUGUCAUCUUUGGCUGAGUGGAGACUCAACGUGCGUAUAUGUGAAAGGUUUCAAUCAGGAAGGAUUCUGCUUGCCGGAGACGUCGCCCAUCUCCAUAGCCCGACUGGUGGUCAAGGCUUGACUAGCGGUGUCAUGGAUGUGAGAAAUCUGAGCUGGAAGCUUGCGCUCGUAUGCAAAGGCCUCGCUCCGCCUAGUCUUCUCGACACCUAUAGCGAGGAACGCGUUCCCGUCAUUGCUGAAAUGCUGAAGAUCACAACGAAGCUCGCUACUGCCACAUUCAAAGCCAAGCCUGACCCCGAGGCCUUCAAACGCCCCGCAACCCUGGGUCAGCUCGGGGUGCACUGUCGCUGGAGCUCGAUCGUGUACGAUGGGUUACGAGAGGGCGAGGUGAAGUUUGAAAGUACAAACCUCGCACCGCAAAGUACCUAUGGAGGCGACGGAGGCUCAAGGCUAGAGGCGGGCGAUCGCGCACCCGAUGCUCCGGGUCUUGUCAGCCUACGCGGAGAGACGGCGCUCUUCGACGUCUUUCAUGCUGCUCGGCACACCGUUCUUGUCUUUGGCCUGUCCCGAACCGAGACCGUUCGUGCAGCGGUUGAAAAGUAUCCAGAAGGCUACAUCGUGGUUGUGACACUGCUGCCAGAGGGGGCAGAGAAGCAGGCUGGCGCAUUUGUUGACUCGCAUGGCCAUGCCGCUCGUGCUUAUGGAAAGGAGUUGGGCGUGGCAGUGGCAAUCGUUCGUCCGGAUGGAGUGGUCGGCGCACUACUCAAGGCUGACGAAGGUGUUGAGAUAUACUUCUCCCGUAUCUUCAAGCACUGA